AUGCUUAUAUGCUUAUUUUUAUAUCUUUGUAACAAUAUUGACUCCAGAGAAGUUACUGCUCGGUCGUGUAAGCAAGAACAUCAGUUAUGUGACGUAGGAGAGUUUCUGUGUCGUGACGGCACGACUUGUGUCUCCCAGCACUGGCUGUGUGAUGGAGAACCUGAUUGUCCUGAUGAUUCAGAUGAGUCUUUAGACACAUGUCCUGAAGAAGUGGAUUUCAAGUGCACCCUGAAUUAUAUUUCCUGCAUUGGCACAAACAAAUGCAUUCACUUGUCCCAGCUCUGCAAUGGUGUUUACGACUGUUCAGAUGGGUAUGAUGAAGGAGUACAUUGUCGGGAAUUGCUACCCAAGUGCCAACAGAUGAAUUGCCAAUACAAAUGCGCCAUUACCAGGAACGGCACCAGGUGCUACUGUGGAGAUGGAUACGAAACAAGCAGUGAUGGAAGAAGCUGCACAGAUUUGAACGAAUGUAAUACAUAUGGAAGCUGCAGCCAGAUGUGUAUAAAUACAGAUGGAUCAUACACUUGUAGCUGUGUGGAGGGCUACGUACUUCAGCCUGAUAACAGAUCUUGCAAGGCCAAAAAUGAGCCUGCUGAUAGACCUCCUCUUCUUCUGGUUGCAAACUCUGAAACAAUUGAGGUAUUGUAUCUUAAUGGAAGCAAAGUGUCUGCCCGAACCCCUGUAAAAGGAUCUGCAAUUUUGACACUAGAUUACAGCUACAAAGAGGACAAAAUUUGUUGGAUUGAAUCGAGAGAUCUUUCAAGUCAGCUGAAAUGUACCAGGAUAACAAAAGCUGGGAAGUUAACAGAUGAGUGGAUAAUAAACAUUGCUCAGUAUCUUCACAAUGUACAGCAAAUAGCAAUCGACUGGAUCACUGGGAAUUUUUACUUCGUGGAUCACGUCAGUGACAGGAUCUUUGUCUGCAACCAGAAUGGAACAGUGUGUGUCACACUCAUCGAGCUAGAUCUCAAUAACCCUAAGGCCAUAGCUGUUGAUCCAACAUCAGGAAAGCUUUUCUUUACAGACUACGGGAAUGUUGCCAAGGUUGAGAGAUGUGACAUGGAUGGAAUGAACAGGACAUGGAUAGUAGACUCUAAAAUUGAACAGCCAACUGCUCUUGCACUAGACCUCAUCAAUAAAUAUGUGUACUGGGUUGACAUCUAUCUGGAUAAUGUGGAAGUUGUAGACUAUGAAGGGAGAAAGAGACAUACAGUAAUUAAAGGCAGACAAGUUAGGCAUCUUUGUGGUUUGGCAGUAUUUGAAAACUAUUUAUAUGCAGUUAAUUCAGAUAACUUCAGCAUUUUACAGAUAAAUAGAUAUAAUGGCACCGAUGUUCAGUCUCUUACUAGACUUGACAAUGCUAAAGGAAUCCGUGUGUACCAGAAAAGAACUCAAACAGCAGCCAGAAGCCAUGCAUGUGAGGUGGACCAAUAUGGAAUGCCAGGGGGAUGUUCGCACAUCUGUCUGCUCAGCAGCAACUACAAAACACGGACUUGUCGCUGCAGGACUGGCUUCAUCUUGGGAAGCGAUGGCAGGUCAUGCAAAAGACCAAAGAAUGAAUUGUUUCUUUUUUAUGGGAAGGGACGCCCAGGAAUAAUACGGGGAAUGGACCUGAAUACCAAAGUAUCUGAUGAAUACAUGAUCCCUAUAGAAAACUUAGUCAAUCCUCGUGCCCUGGACUUCCAUGCCGAAACCAAUUACAUUUACUUUGCUGAUACUACCAGUUUCUUAAUUGGACGACAGAAAAUUGAUGGCACAGAGCGAGAAACAAUCCUCAAAGAUGAUCUCGAUAAUGUAGAAGGCAUAGCAGUGGACUGGAUUGGAAAUAAUCUUUAUUGGACAAAUGAUGGCCACAGGAAAACAAUCGCUGUAGCCAGACUGGAAAAGGCUGCUCAGAGUCGGAAAACUUUGUUGGAGGGAGACAUGUCCCACCCUAGAGGAAUUGUUGUUGAUCCAGUCAAUGGAUGGAUGUAUUGGACAGACUGGGAAGAAGAUGAAAUAGAUGACAGUGUGGGAAGAAUUGAGAAGGCAUGGAUGGAUGGCUACAGUCGGCAGAUUUUUGUAACAUCAAAGAUGCUAUGGCCAAAUGGUUUAACUCUGGACUAUCAUGCUAAUGUGUUAUACUGGUGUGAUGCCUAUUAUGAUCACAUUGAAAGGAUAUUUUUGAAUGGAACUGACAGAAAGGUAGUCUACAGUGGGAAAGAUCUGAAUCAUCCUUUUGGACUAUCACAUCAUGGAAAUCGUGUUUACUGGACAGAUUAUAUGAAUGGGUCUAUUUUCCAGUUGGAUCUGGUUACAGGAAAUGUGACACUGUUAAGAAGUGAGAGACCACCUUUGUUUGGGCUCCAGAUUUAUGACCCACGCAAACAGCAAGGUGAUAAUGCAUGUCGUGUUAACAAUGGAGGUUGCAGUACUCUUUGUUUAGCCAUUCCUGGAGGCAGAGUUUGUGCCUGUGCUGAUAAUCAGCUUUUGGAGGAAAACAGUACAACUUGCACAAUUAAACAGGGAGAAGUGCUACCACAGUUUUGCAAAGCUGAACAGUUUCAGUGCAACAAUAAGCGCUGUAUCCAGGAUCGCUGGCGCUGUGAUGGGGAUGAUGACUGCUUGGAUGGCAGUGAUGAACAUUCUGAAAUUUGCUUCAAUCAUAGUUGUCCUGAAAAUCAGUUUAAAUGCCAAAAUAAUCGCUGCAUUCCCAAGAGAUGGCUUUGUGAUGGAGCUAAUGAUUGUGGUAAUAAUGAAGAUGAAUCAAAUAAAACCUGUGCAGCAAGAACAUGUCAGAUUGACCAGUUUGCUUGUGGGAAUGGACGCUGUAUUCCAACAUCGUGGCUGUGUGACAGGGAGGAUGACUGCGGAGAUGAAACUGAUGAAAUGACAUCCUGUGAAUUCCCAACAUGUGAACCAUUAACUCAAUUUAUUUGCAAAAAUGGAAGAUGCAUUAGCAGCAAAUGGCUCUGUGAUUCAGAUGAUGACUGUGGCGAUGGAAGUGAUGAACUGGGCUGUAUUCAUUCAUGUUCUGCUGAUCAGUUCAGGUGCUAUAACGGCAGAUGUAUCCCAAGCCAUUGGGCAUGUGACGGUGACAAUGACUGUGGAGAUUUUAGUGAUGAAACAAAAACAAACUGCACCAAGGAAGAAAUUCCCUCUCCUGGAAGAUGCAAUGGGAAGGAAUUUCAAUGCAGUCCUGAUGGGAACUGUGUUCCUGAGUUGUGGCGCUGUGAUGGAGAAAAGGACUGCGAAGAUGGUAGUGAUGAAAAAGGCUGCAAUGGAACUAUACGUCUGUGUGAUGAAAAAACAAAGUUCUCCUGCAAGAGUACAGGGAGAUGCAUUAGCAAAGCGUGGCUAUGUGAUGGCGAUAUUGAUUGUGAGGAUCAGUCUGAUGAGGAUAAUUGCGAGGGCUAUAUGUGUGGACCACCAAAAUACCCUUGUGCUAAUGAUACCUCCAUCUGCCUACAGCCUGAGAAGCUCUGCAAUGGGAGAAGAGAUUGUCCUGAUGGAUCUGAUGAAGGCGAUCUUUGUGACGAAUGUUCACUAAAUAAUGGUGGAUGUAGCCAUCAAUGUUCUGUGGUUCCUGGAGGAAGAAUUGUGUGUUCCUGCCCUGCAGGAUUCAGUCUUAGUAUAGACAACAAAACUUGUCAAAUCAUGGAUUAUUGUACCAAGCACCUUAAGUGUAGUCAAGUAUGUGAACAGCAUAAAAAUACUGUCAAGUGCUCAUGUUAUGAAGGCUGGAAGCUCAGUAAGGAUGGAGAAAAUUGCAUUAGUACCGAUCCAUUUGAGGCUUUCAUAAUUUUUUCUAUUCGACAUGAGAUCAGAAAAAUUGAUCUUCACAAACGUGACUACAGCCUCUUGGUUCCUGGUUUAAGAAAUACAAUAGCACUUGAUUUUCAUUUCAGUCAGAGUUUACUGUACUGGACAGACGUGGUAGAAGACAAAAUUUACAGAGGCAAGCUUUCUGAUACUGGAGGUGUUAGUGCCAUUGAAGUGGUGGUACAACAUGGCCUGGCCACACCUGAAGGUCUUACUGUAGACUGGAUUGCAGGAAAUAUAUACUGGAUAGACAGCAAUUUGGACCAAAUAGAGGUUGCAAAACUAGAUGGUACUUUGCGAACAACAUUAAUAGCAGGAGCUAUGGAACAUCCAAGGGCUAUUGCUUUGGAUCCCAGAUAUGGAAUUCUAUUUUGGACAGACUGGGAUGCAAAUUUUCCUCGCAUUGAAUCUGCUUCUAUGAGUGGAGCAGAAAGAAAGAUCAUAUAUAAAGAUAUGGAUACUGGAGCCUGGCCUAAUGGCCUUACAGUGGAUCACUUUGAAAAAAGAAUAGUAUGGACAGAUGCCAGAUCAGAUGCUAUUUAUUCUGCAUUAUAUGAUGGAACCGGCAUGAUAGAAAUUAUACGGGGUCAUGAAUAUCUGUCUCACCCGUUUGCUGUUUCCUUGUAUGGGAGUGAAGUAUAUUGGACAGAUUGGCGGACCAAUACACUUGCAAAAGCCAAUAAAUGGACUGGCCAGAAUGUCAGUGUAAUACAAAAAACAAGUGCUCAGCCAUUUGAUCUUCAGAUAUAUCACCCAAGUCGGCAGCCACAAGCUUCCAAUCCAUGCGCUGCUAAUGAGGGCAGAGGUCCAUGUUCUCACAUGUGUCUGAUCAAUCACAACAGAAGUGCUGCAUGUGCAUGUCCACAUCUGAUGAAACUUUCUUUAGACAAGAAAACAUGUUACGAAAGGAAGAAAUUUCUUCUUUAUGCGAGGCAUUCUGAAAUAAGAGGAGUGGACAUAGAGAACCCGUACUUCAACUUCAUCACAGCCUUCACUGUUCCUGACAUUGACGAUGUGACAGUCAUAGAUUUUGAUGCUGUUGAGGAACGGUUGUACUGGACCGAUGUGAAAACACAGACAAUCAAGCGUGCCUUCAUUAAUGGGACUGGCUUAGAAACCAUUAUUUCAAGAGAUACUCAGAGUAUCAGAGGUCUUGCAGUGGAUUGGAUAUCACGUAAUUUAUACUGGAUUAGCUCAGAAUUUGAUGAAACACAAAUUAAUGUGGCACAUUUAGAUGGUUCCUUGAAAACCUCGAUCAUCCAUGGAAUUGAUAAACCUCAGUGUCUUGCAGUUCACCCAGUAAAAGGUAAGCUGUAUUGGACCGAUGGAAACACAAUUAACAUGGCAAACAUGGAUGGCAGCAACAGCAAAAUUCUCUUUCAGAAUCAAAAAGAUCCUGUUGGUUUAUCAAUAGAUUAUGUGGAGAACAAACUUUACUGGAUCAGUUCAGGAAAUGGAACCAUAAAUAGAUGCAACUUGGAUGGUGGUAAUCUUGAAAUAAUAGAGUCCAUGAAAGAAGACUUACCAAAAGCCACAGCUUUAACCAUUAUGGAUAAAAAGCUUUGGUGGGCAGACCAGAAUUUAGCUCAGAUCGGUACAUGUAACAAAAGAGAUGGAAGAAACCCAGCUGUCCUGCGAAACAAAACUUCAGGUGUUGUGCAUAUGAAAGUGUAUGAUAAGGCAGCACAACAAGGCAGCAAUUCUUGUCAGUUAAACAAUGGUGGAUGUUCCCAGCUCUGUUUACCAACAUCAGAAACGACCAGAACCUGUGUUUGUACAGUAGGCUACAACCUUCAAAAAAACCGCAUGGCAUGCAAAGGUAUUGAAUCAUUUCUUAUGUAUUCUGUUCAUGAAGGGAUUAGAGGAAUACCUCUUGAUCCAAAUGAUAAAAUGGAUGCUUUAAUGCCUCUAUCCGGAACUUCAUUUGCUGUGGGCAUAGACUUCCAUGCAGGUAAUGAUACAAUCUAUUGGACAGACAUGGGUUUCAACAAAAUCAGCAGAUCUAAACGAGACCAAACAUGGAAAGAAGACAUUGUUACAAAUGGCUUGGGAAGAGUUGAAGGCAUUGCAGUGGACUGGAUAGCAGGUAACAUAUAUUGGACGGAUCAUGGCUUAAACUUAAUUGAAGUUUCCAGACUCAACGGCUCAUUCCGAUAUGUAAUUAUAUCCCAGGGUUUGGACCAGCCAAGAUCUAUUGCAGUACAUCCAGAAAAAGGGUAUUUAUUUUGGACAGAGUGGGGACAAACUCCUUGCAUAGGGAAGGCACACUUAGAUGGGUCUGAGAAGGUUGUGCUUGUGAGCCUGGGGAUUGUGUGGCCUAAUGGAAUUUCCAUUGACUAUGAGGAAAAUAAAUUAUAUUGGUGUGAUGCUCGUACCGACAAGAUAGAAAGGAUUGACCUUGAAAGUGGAGGGAAUCGGGAGAUUGUGCUGUCAGGGAGCAAUGUGGAUAUGUUUUCUGUCGCGGUGUUCGGAGCUUACAUCUACUGGUCUGACAGAGCACAUGCAAAUGGCUCUAUUAGAAGAGGCCACAAGAAUGAGGCCACGGAUGCUGUGACCAUGAGGACUGGCCUUGGAAUAAACCUGAAGGAAGUGAAAAUCUUUAAUAGAGCACGAGAGAAAGGUACUAAUGUUUGUGCCAAGAAUAAUGGUGGGUGUCAUCAGCUCUGCCUUUAUCGGGGAAAUGGACAAAGAUCUUGUGCUUGUGCACAUGGCUAUCUUGCAGAAGAUGGAAUUACUUGCCUAAGACAUAAAGGUUACCUGUUAUACUCAGGAAGGACAAUAUUAAAAAGUAUACAUCUUUCUGAUGAAACCAACUUAAAUUCACCAGUAAGGCCAUAUGAAAAUCCAGAGUACUUCAAAAAUGUGAUAGCUCUUGCUUUUGACUACAGUCUGAGAGGAAGAGGUUCUAAUCGGAUAUUCUUCAGUGACGCGCACUUUGGAAAUAUACAAGUUAUUACAGACAACUGGGCUGGCAGAAAAGUGCUAAUAGAAAAUGUUGGGUCAGUGGAGGGACUUGCUUAUCACAGAGCUUGGGACACUCUGUAUUGGACCAGUUCAACCACAUCCUCAAUUACAAGGCACACCGUUGACCAGAGACGUCGAGGAGCAUUCAACAGGGAAGCAGUAAUAACAAUGUCUGAAGAUGAUCAUCCACAUGUGUUAGCUCUAGAUGAAUGUCAAAACUUAAUGUUUUGGACUAACUGGAAUGAGCAGCUCCCAAGCAUCAUGAGAUCUACCCUCUCAGGCAAGAAUGCACAGGUUAUCAUUAGUACAGAUAUUCUGACACCAAAUGGACUUACCAUUGAUCAUAGGGCGGAGAAACUUUACUUUUCAGAUGGCAGCUUGGGAAAAAUUGAAAGGUGUGAAUAUGAUGGAUCACAAAGAUAUGUAAUUGUUAAAUCCGGACCAGGCACCUUUCUCAGCCUGGCAGUAUAUGAUGAUUAUAUCUUUUGGUCAGAUGGGGUGAGAAGAGCUAUUCUGCGUUCCAGUAAAUAUACAGGAGGAGAUACAAAAGUUCUUCGUUCUGAUAUCCCACAUCAGCCAAUGGGCAUUAUUGCUGUUGCCAAUGAUACUAACAGUUGUGAAUUAUCUCCUUGUGCACAAAUGAACGGUGGCUGUCAUGAUUUAUGCCUUCUGACUCCUGACGGACGAGUGAACUGUUCAUGUAGAGGGGAUAGAAUACUGGUAGAUGAUAACAGAUGUGUGACUAAGAAUUCUACUUGCAACAUUUAUUCUGAGUUUGAAUGUGGAAAUGGUGAAUGCAUUGAUUAUCAGCUGACUUGCGAUGGCAUUGCUCAUUGUAAAGACAAGUCUGAUGAGAAACAUUUUUACUGUGAAAAUAGAGGCUGUCGAAAGGGUUUCAAACCAUGUUCUAAUCGCCGUUGUAUUUCAAGUAACAAAGUGUGUGAUGGUGCAAAUGACUGUGGUGACAACUCUGAUGAAUUUGACUGUAAAGAUUCAACAUGUGCUUCAACAGAGUUCCGUUGUGCAGAUGGGAUUUGCAUUGGAAAAUCAUCACAGUGCAACCAGAUCAUUGAUUGUGCAGAUGCUUCAGAUGAAAAGAACUGUGAAAAUACAAACUGUGCCUAUUUCUAUAAACUUGGAAUAAAAUCUACAGGAUUUAUUAGCUGUAAUUCUACUUCACUUUGUAUACUGCCGGAAUGGAUAUGUGAUGGAUCUAAUGACUGUGGAGAUUACACAGAUGAACUAAAAUGCCCAGUUCAAAACAAACCCACAUGUGAAGAAAAUUAUUUUGGUUGUCCUAGUGGAAGAUGUAUUCUGAACACCUGGCUUUGUGAUGGGCAGAAAGACUGUGAGGAUGGAGUAGAUGAAUUGCACUGUGAUUCGUCCUGUUCAUGGAAUCAGUUUGCUUGUUCUGCAAACAAGUGCAUCUCUAAACAAUGGACUUGUGAUGGUGAGGAUGAUUGUGGAGAUGGUUUAGAUGAGAGUGAUGCUAUUUGUGGUUCAGUUACCUGUGCUGUGGAGACGUUCAGUUGCCUAGGCUCCCAUGCGUGUGUUCCUCAACACUGGCUCUGUGAUGGAGAAAGAGACUGUCCUAAUGGAAGUGAUGAACUUUCUACAGCAGGCUGUGCUCCUAAUAACACUUGUGAUGAGAAUGCUUUCAUGUGCCAUAACAACAUCUGCAUUCCCAAACAGUUUGUAUGUGACCAUGAUGAUGACUGUGGAGAUGGAUCAGAUGAAUCACUGGAAUGUGGAUAUCGUCGCUGUCAUCCUGGAGAGUUCACUUGUGCUGAUGGAAGAUGCCUGUUAAAUUCCCAGUGGCAAUGUGAUGGUGAUUUUGACUGCCCAGACCAUUCUGAUGAGGCACCUAUAAAUGUAAAAUGCAAAAGUUCAGAGCAGUCAUGUAACAGCUCUUUUUUCAUGUGCAAAAAUGGCAAGUGUAUUCCUCAAAGUGAUGUUUGUGAUAACAAAGAAGAUUGUAGUGAUGGUUCUGAUGAGAAAAGCUGCCACAUUAAUGAAUGCCUCAGUAAGAAAGUUAGUGGCUGCUCUCAAGAUUGUCAGGAUCUUCCCGUUGGAUACAAGUGCAAAUGCUGGCCUGGAUUCCAGCUGAAGGAUGAUGGCAAAACAUGUAUAGAUAUUGAUGAAUGUUCAUCUGGAUUUCCCUGUAGCCAGCAAUGCAUCAAUACAUAUGGAACCUACAAAUGCUUGUGUGCAGAAGGGUAUGAAAUACAGCCUGAUAACCCAAAUGGCUGUAAAUCCCUUUCAGAUGAGGAACCUUUCUUAAUUCUGGCUGAUCAUCAUGAAAUAAGAAAAAUUAGCACUGAUGGAUCCAACUACACUUUGUUGAAACAGGGGCUAAAUAAUGUGAUUGCAAUAGACUUUGACUAUAGAGAAGAGUUCAUCUAUUGGAUUGAUUCCAGCAGACCAAAUGGCAGUAGGAUAAACAGAAUGUGUUUGAAUGGAAGUGACAUCAAGGUAGUCCACAAUACUGCUGUUCAUGCACUGGCUGUUGAUUGGAUUGGGAAGAAUCUAUAUUGGUCUGAUACUGAAAAGAGAAUUAUUGAAGUGUCUAAACUCAAUGGCUUAUACCCUACUGUCCUUGUGAGCAAAAGGGUGAAGUUUCCUAGAGAUCUGUCCUUGGAUCCUCAAGCUGGAUACUUGUACUGGAUUGAUUGCUGUGAGUAUCCUCACAUUGGCCGUGUUGGUAUGGAUGGCUCAAGUCAAACAGUUGUCAUAGAAACACGGAUAUCUAGACCUACGGCUCUUACAAUAGAUUAUGUCAACCACAGACUGUAUUGGGCUGAUGAAAAUCAUAUCGAGUUUUCUGACAUGGAUGGAUCUCAUAGACAUAAAGUCCCUAAUCAAGAUAUUCCAGGGGUGAUUGCACUAACAUUGUUUGAAGACUACAUAUACUGGACAGACGGGAAAACCAAAUCACUCAGCCGUGCCCACAAAACCUCUGGAUUAGACAGACUGUCACUGAUUAAUUCCUGGCACACCAUAACAGACAUCCAGGUGUAUCAUUCUUAUAGACAACCUGAUGUGUCUAAACAUCUGUGUACACUAAACAAUGGUGGUUGCAGUCAUUUAUGCCUUCUAGCCCCUGACAAGAUGCAUACUUGUGCCUGUCCCACUAACUUUUACCUUGCUGCAGAUAACAAGACAUGUUUAUCGAACUGCACUGCCAGUCAGUUCCGUUGCAAAACUGACAAAUGUAUUCCGUUCUGGUGGAAAUGUGACACUGUUGACGACUGUGGAGAUGGCUCUGAUGAGCCCAAGGAAUGCCCUGAAUUCAGAUGUCAGCCAGGACGUUUUCAGUGUGGAACUGGACUUUGUGCUCUUCCAGCUUUUAUCUGUGAUGGAGAGAAUGAUUGUGGGGACAAUUCUGAUGAACUGAACUGCGACACACAUGUGUGUCUGUCAGGUCAGUUUAAGUGCACAAAGAAUCAGAAGUGUAUUCCAAUAAAUCUGAGAUGCAAUGGACAGGAUGAUUGUGGUGAUGAAGAAGAUGAAAGAGACUGCCCUGAAAACAGUUGUUCUCCAGACCACUUCCAAUGUAAAACAACUAAACAUUGCAUUUCUAAACUGUGGGUAUGUGAUGAAGACCCAGAUUGUGCUGAUGGAUCAGAUGAAGCUAACUGUGAUAAAAAAACCUGCGGACCUCAUGAAUUCCAGUGCAAAAACAACAACUGUAUUCCAGAUCAUUGGAGAUGUGACAGCCAAAAUGAUUGUGGUGAUAAUUCUGAUGAAGAGAACUGUAAGCCUCAAACAUGCACUUUGAAAGACUUUCUUUGUGCAAAUGGAGACUGUGUUUCAGCAAGAUUCUGGUGUGAUGGAGACUAUGACUGUGCAGAUGGCUCAGAUGAGAGGUAUUGUGAAACAGGCUGUUCAAGGGAUCAGUUCCAGUGUUCCAACGGUCAGUGCAUAUCAGCAAAAUGGAAAUGUGAUGGUCAUGAAGACUGCAAACUUGGGGAUGAUGAGAAAAAUUGUGAACCAGCAUCUCCAACCUGCUCUUCAAGUGAGUAUGUCUGUGCAAGUGGAGGCUGUAUUUCAGCAUCUUUGAAAUGUAAUGGAGAGUAUGACUGCGCUGAUGGAUCUGAUGAGAUGGAUUGUGUAACAGAAUGUAAAGAAGAUCAGUUUCGAUGCAAAAAUAAGGCUUACUGUAUUCCUAUCAGAUGGCUUUGUGAUGGAAUCCAUGACUGUGUGGAUGGCAGUGAUGAAGAAGACUGUGACCAAGGGGGAAGUAUAUGUAGAGCUGAUGAGUUCUUGUGCAACAAUUCUCUCUGCAAACUGCAUUUUUGGGUUUGUGAUGGAGAGGAUGACUGUGGAGAUAACUCUGAUGAAGUUGCUGAAAUGUGUGUAAAGUUUCCAUGCCCUCCAACAAGGCCGUACAGAUGUAGAAACAACAGGGUUUGUCUGCGACCCGAACAGAUUUGCAAUGAGGUUGAUGACUGUGGUGAUAACUCGGAUGAAGAUCACUGUGAUAAAAUCACAUAUAAAACAAGACCUUGUAAAAAAGAUGAAUUUGCUUGUAAUGAUAAGAAAUGUAUUCCAAUGGAACUACAGUGCGAUUGGUUUGAUGACUGUGGAGAUGGUUCAGAUGAGCAAGACUGCAAAAUAAGUGUCACCGAAUAUACAUGUGAAGCUAAUGUGAAUCCUUGUGGAGAUGAUGCAUACUGUAAUCAAACAAAAACAUCCCUACUGUGUCAAUGCAAACCUGGAUUUCAGAGAAACAAGAGAAAUAGACAAUGUGAAGAUAUCAAUGAGUGUAUGGUAUUUGGUGCCUGCUCCCAACAUUGCAACAACAUUAAAGGGUCAUACAAAUGUGCAUGUGAGAAAAAUUAUAAGGAGAGGAAUAACAGUUGUGUAGCAAAAGGCUCUGAAGAUCAAGUUCUCUAUGUUGCUAAUGACACUGACAUCCUGGGUUUUGCAUAUCCAUUCAACUACAGUGAUGUUCAUCAACAAAUAUCACAUAUUGAACAUAAUUCAAGGAUAACUGGAAUGGAUGCAUAUUUUCAAGGGAACAUGAUUGUUUGGAGUACUCAGUUUAAUCCUGGAGGAAUUUUCUACAGAAAACUUCAUGACCGAGAGAGAAGACAAAGUAACAGCGGCUUGAUAUGUCCAGAAUUCAAAAGACCUAGGGGCAUUGCUGUUGACUGGAUUGCUGGAAAUAUUUACUGGACCGAUCAUUCCAGAAUGCAUUGGUUCAGCUACUAUACAACUCAUUGGACUAGUCUGAGAUAUUCCAUCAAUGUAGGUCAAUUGAAUGGACCUAACUGUACAAGACUCCUAACAAGUAUCGCAGGAGAACCAUAUGCAAUUGCUGUAAAUCCUAAAAAGGGGAUGAUGUACUGGACGGUUAUUGGGGAUCGCUCUCACAUAGAGGAAUCAUCUAUGGAUGGUACACUGAGGAGGAUAUUGGUUCAAAAGAAUUUACAAAGACCUACAGGUCUUGUAGUUGAUCAGUUCAGUCAGCGUUUGUUCUGGGCUGAUUUUGAAUUAUCUGUUAUUGGAAGUGUUCUUUUUGAUGGUUCUGAUUCAGUUGUGUCCGUGAGCAGUAAACAAGGUUUACUGCAUCCACAUAGAAUUGACAUUUUUGAGGAUUACAUAUAUGGAGCAGGUCCUAAAAAUGGUGCAUUUAGAGUACACAAAUUUGGCAAGAGCCUUGUAGAAUACCUAAGUGUGGAUGUUGAUAAAGCAAAAAGUGCCUUGAUUUUUCAUCGCUACAAACAAAUGGACUUGCCUAAUCCAUGCUUGGAUCUGACAUGUGAAUUCAUCUGUUUACUCAACCCGUCUGGUGCAUCAUGUGCUUGUCCGGAAGGAAAAUCAUUGGUUAAUGGAACAUGCAUUGAUCAGAGCCUCUUAGAUGAUACCUGCAAACUAACCUGUGAAAAUGGAGGAAAGUGCAUUAUAAAUGAGAAGGGGGAUCCCCGAUGUCACUGCUGGCCAAGUUACUCAGGAGAAAGGUGUGAAACCAAUCAUUGCUACAAUUACUGCCAGAAUGGAGGAACCUGUGGAGCCUCUCUCCUUGGGAGGCCUACCUGCAACUGUGCACUAGGUUUUACAGGACCAAACUGCAAUCAGACAGUCUGCCAUCAUUUUUGCCAAAAUGGAGGAACCUGCAGCGUCACUGCUGGAAAUCAACCCUUUUGCAGCUGCUUGCCUGAGUAUACAGGAGACAGAUGUCAGUACUAUGUUUGCCACCAUUAUUGUGUGAAUUCUGAAUCAUGUACUAUUUCUGAUGAUGGAAGCGUAGAAUGUGUCUGUCCAGUACGAUUCGAAGGUCCAAAAUGUGAAGUGGACAAGUGUAUAAGAUGUCAUGGGGGACACUGCAUAAUAAACAAGGACAGUAAUGACAUAGUAUGCAAUUGCACUAAUGGAAAGAUUGCCUCUACGUGUCAGUUAUGUGAUGGCUACUGUUACAAUGGUGGUACAUGUCAGCUGGACCCAGACACAAAUAUACCUCUCUGUCUAUGCUCUGUGGGGUUUAAAAGUCAGCGCUGUGACCAGAAAGUGAACCCUUGUGAUUACUACUGUCAGAAUGAGGGAAUUUGCACUUUAACUGCGUUUAAUGAACCGAGAUGCAAAUGUUCAGCCAACUGGUCAGGCACACAGUGUGAGAGGCCAGCUCCCAAAAGCAGCAAGUCUGACAAUAUUAGUACAAGAAGCAUUGCAAUCAUUGUUCCUCUUGUUUUACUGGUGACUUUGAUCACUACUCUGGUAAUUGGAUUAUUUCUUUGCAAAAGAAAACGAAGGACAAAAACUAUCAGAAGACAACCUAUUAUAAACGGAGGAAUCAAUGUUGAAAUUGGCAAUCCGUCAUAUAACAUGUAUGAGGUGGGCCAUGAUCACAGUGAAGGUGGUCUUUUAGCCUCAGAUUUUACUGUAAAUGCAGAAAAGGCCAGAUACAUAGGGGGAGGGCCCACUGCAUUCAAGCUUCCCCACACAACUCCAUCAAUCUACCUAAACUCUGACUUGAAAGGACCACUAUCAACAGGGCCAACAAAUUACUCCAAUCCAGUAUAUGCAAAGUUAUACAUGGAUGGACAAAAUUGUCGAAACUCCUUAGCAAGCGUUGAUGAAAGAAGAGAACUCCUUCCAAAGAAAAUAGAUAUUGGGAUAAGGGAGACUGUGGCAUAA